AAAGCAUAGAAGUCGAUGUACAGUGUUUCACCUAUUGAACUUUCCUUUGACGUUUCCAUAAUGAGUCGUAAUCAACAACUGCGUGGGGUCUCUUCUGGAGUUUCUAGUGGGGGAUUUAGCUCAUCCUCUUUAGGAGGUAGCAAAAGAAUCAACUUCAGCUCAGCCUCUGUAUCUCAAGGGCAAUUUGGUGGUGGGGGCAUUCGCAGCACCAACUUUGGCAGCAGAAGCCUAUUGAGCUCUGGGGGCAAUAGAAAGAUUUCCUCUAGUGUAAGCAGUGUCAGACAAGGUGCAGGGCUGGGAUUUGGGGGUGGAUUUGGAGGAGCAGGUGCACUAUCUGGUGCAGGAGGGUUUGGUGGUUCUGGGUUUCCUGCAGGGGGUAUCCAAAAUGUCAGCAUUAAUUCAAAUCUGCUCGCACCACUUAACCUGGACUUUGACCCCAGCAUUUCAGUAAUAAGGAAGGAAGAAAGGGAACAGAUCAAGACCCUGAACAACAAAUUUGCAUCAUUUAUUGAUAAGGUUCGAUUCCUUGAACAGCAAAAUAAAGUUCUUGAGACAAAGUGGAAACUCUUACAGCAGCAAGGAGGUCAAUCAUCAACACAGAACAGUGACAUUGAAGGGAUUUUCAAAGCUUAUGUGAGCAACCUCAAGAAUCAACUGGACGGUAUAGUAAGUGGCAAGGGCCGUGUUGAGGGAGAAUUUCAGAAUACAAAGAAUCUUGUUGAGGAAUAUAAAACCAAGUAUGAAAAUGAAAUCAACAAUCGUGCAGCAGCGGAACAUGAAUUUGUUAAAAUAAAAAAGGAUGUGGAUGAUGCUUACUUGGUCAAGGUUCAACUGGAAGCCAAACUUAAUGGACUGAAUGAUGAGAUAAACUUCUUGAGAGCUCUUUAUGAACAGGAACUUGGAGAGCUUAAAUCACAACUCACUGACACUUCUGUUAUCCUCUCAAUGGACAACAAUAGGUCAUUGAAUCUAGAUGACAUUAUUGCUGAAGUUAAAGCUCAAUAUGAGGAAAUCGCAAACAAGAGCAGAGCUGAGGCAGAAGCUGCCUACCAAGAUAAGUUCAGGCAGCUGGAAAAUGUUGCUGGUCAACAAGGUGACAAUCUAAAAAGCACCAGAAAUGAGAUUGCAGAACUGAGCAGAGCAAUCAGGAAACUGGAGUCUGAAAUUGAAAAUGUGAAGAGACAGAUUGCUGCUCUCAAUGCAUCUAUAGCAGAGGCUGAAGAACGAGGAGAAAUUGCAUUAACUGAUGGCCGACGAAAACUUGCUGAACUGGAGGCUGCUCUGCAGAAAGCCAAGCAGGACAUGGCUCGCCAGCUGCGGGAAUAUCAAGAGCUGAUGAACGUGAAACUGGCGCUAGAUGUUGAGAUUGCCACGUACAGGAAACUGCUGGAGGGAGAGGAAGACAGGUUAUCUGGGUUAAUCACCAAUGAAGUAAAUGUCUCUGUUGUCAGUGGUGUCAACUCUGGAGCAUCAUUUGGAUAUGGAGGCAGCUCUUCCUCUGGAAGCUUUAGCACUUCAUCAUCACAGAAAAAACGUGGUCCUGUGCAAAUUAUCUCAAAGACAUCUGAAAGGCAAACGACGUAUGUGAGCUAAGAGUGCUGCAAAUGGGCUACAGUUUUGUCUCAUUAACAAUCGCCUGUUUCUGUUGUAGUUAUUAUUUUCUUACUGUGAAUAAAAAAGUUGUUAUUCUGUAAAUUUACAGCUAAUACAAUAUGACUGCCAUGGUUGAUUAGAGUAAUCUGUAUCUCUAAUUAAUGGGUUUUAAUGCUGAUUUUAUGUCAUAUUAUGAGUUUCUUAGCUAUGAUUAAGCUUUGUGAGGAAAAUCUUCAUCUUUCUUAACAAUUCUUGUCUCUUGCAUAGUCAUCAAUUGCUGUUAGUCCUAUAAAAAUAAUAAUAAACGUAUCCUUCUUAACUUUG